UCUAUUCAAACAUUUAUUUAUGUUAAUAUAAUGAACAAGUAUUUUAUUUAUUUGUUGCUGAGAAUAAACUCCGAAAUGUUUAAAAUGUUCACGUAAAGACGGAUGAAUGCCAUGUGUCAUCAUUGUAAUCAGGCUGACAUUGAUAGCUACUCGGUUAGCUGGUACCUACUGUUCGGUGUGUUUAGCUAACGCCACUGACACUGUGAGCAGGUAUUGGGAGUAGCAUCACGUAGAUUCCAGCUUGACACUGGCUGCAGUGUUCCUGCUUUGGUCCAUUCUAUUUUAAACGGAACUUCAUGUAUGAUGCAUCUUUGUGUUUUUCGCUGUACGAUACCGAAUGUGACCAUUGCAUUUGUGCGUCUUUCCCUUGGAAACGCGUCCAAGCUUCAGGGCUUAUUUUCUUCGCCAUCCUACUUGUUUCCAUUCUUGUUUUGGCUAUAAGGCUUUGCUCUUCACAUCGUUAGUGUUCUUUUUUCGGCUGCAUCUCACUGCUGACAUUGAUGAGACCACUGUUGGCUCAUUUCGAUUAGUUGUUUUUGGUUAUUGGUGAUUGGCUGAUUAUCUUGAAGGUGUUAUUAUUGAUUUGACUAGGCAAUGGCUUAACUCAAGAUUUUCUUUGCUGUCUUUCCUUUUUUGUAAAUUCUUGGAACACAUGCAGCAUUUCCUAUUAUAGUCGGGACCUUGGGGGAAAUCGUCUAUUCCUUUGUGAAUGGCAGAGAUUCUCGGUGGGCAGGAGUAGUCUGAGUGAAGGCUGAAGAUGGCCUAAUGGACCGCCGCUUUUUGCUGACCUUCCUGUUUUGCUCAGUCUCUUGGAUUUUUUUUUGGGAAGUACGCUGGAAAAAAGGCAAAGAAAGUCAGAUCCAGGAAUGGCUCAAAGGACAUAGACUCUCCAAAUACAGACACUUGUUUGAAGAUGUUCAGACGUUGGAGGAGCUGAGCCUGAGUGUCCUGAGUCGUCUUGAGGAGGUGGUGAAGGAGCAGCAGCGCUGGAGGGAAAUCGCGGAGGCCAACUUCCAACUGCUUCGAGACCUUGCUUUUCAAGAGUGGCUGUGCUCCCAGAGCCUGGAGCACUACUACCACACACUGCAGGCAUUGGGGUGUUUGAACCUGGACGAUCUGGCCCAGUUUGACAGUCAGCUGCAGCUGUCUCUGGCAGCCUGGGGAUACUACUACGAGGACUACAUCCGCUUGUCCAGGGGGGUCAAAGUCCUACAGGCUUCCCGGGGGAGCCGAGACCAGGACUACGAGAUCCGGCUGGUGCACAGCCUCGCCAAACGACGUCUGAAUGAAAAGUGGUCAUUCGCAGGUGCACUCAUAUUUGGCUGUACUGUGGCACUGUGCUUCCUGAUAAAGGACCUCAUGUUUUACGUGAUUGGUGGAAUUACUGUUUCCAUCAUAGCGUUUGUCUUCACCAUCAAGUUCCUCUGUGAGCUCGCGGCGCGGGUUGUCAGCUUCCUGCAGAAUGAGGACCCGGGGCGACGCGGGGACCGUAGCAUCUACGACUAUGUGCGGGGCAACUACCUGGACCCGCGCUCCUGCAAGGUGUCGUGGGACUGGAAAGACCCCCAGGAAGUGGGACAGACGAUGAGCUUCAGAGUGCACCUGUUCUACAAGAACGGCCAGCCCUUCCCGGCCCACCGGCCCGUGGGCCUGAGGGUCAACAUCACCCACAUCGAGCUGGCCCUGGACAUCCCCGUCACCCAGGAGGUGCUGCAGGAACCCGAGUCCAACGUGGUCAAGGUGGCCUUCACCGUGCGCAAGGCCGGCCGCUACGAGGUGGCGGUGAAGCUGGGGGGGCUCAAUGUGGCCUACAGCCCCUACUACAAGAUAUUCCAGCCAGGCACUGUGGUCCCGUCCAAAACCAAGAUAGCCUACCACUUUUCAACACUGGUGCUCGUCAACGGCCAGCAGCACACCCUGCAGAUCGAGCCCAGGGACGAGUACGGCAACCCCACCAGUAACUCCACCUCUCUGGUGGACGAGGUCAACUACAGCGUCCACAUCCACUCCCUGGGCACGGUGGAGGACGACAGCCCGGAGGAGUACUACAGCAAGUCGGUGUCGUCCAACAAGCAGCAGUGUCAGGUGCUGCUGAAGCUCACCCUGAGGAGAAAGGGCUGCUUCCGAGCCCGCCUCUCCUACAUGCAGCAGCCCCUCAGCAACGGGGAGUUCGACAUUAUUGUUCUCAGUGAGAAUGAGAAGAACUGUGUGGAGAAGAACGUGUCCACGCCGGGCAUCAGCAUCUACUUUGAGACGUACCUCUACAGCAGCGGCAACUACAGCAGCUCCUCCUGGCAGCCGCCCUCCUCGUCCCUGCUGGCCCCCCAGCGGAGGCCCUCCAUGGGGGACGAGGAGGAGGAGCACGACUCCCCGGUGGAGGGCCAGCCCGAGAAGGUCAAGAAGCCAAAAAAGGUCUACUGCUACAUAUCGCCAAAGCAACUAUCCGUGAAGGAGUUCUACCUGAAAAUAAUUCCAUGGCGCCUUUUCACCUUCAGAGUGUGUCCAGGGACGAAGUUCUCCUACCACGGGCCGGACCCGGUCCACAAGUACCUGACGCUGGUGGUGGACGACGGCAUCCAGCCCCCCCUUGAGCUCAGCUGCAAAGACCGCAACAUCAUGGCCGCCACCUUCACCCGCUUCCUGCAUAAGAACAUCGGGGGCUCGGAAACGUUCCAGGAUAAGGUCAACUUUUUCCAGAGGGAACUCCGGCACAUUCACUCCAAGAGACCUCGCACCAAAACCUGCCUCAAGAUCACACGCCACACCAUCUUGGACUCAUCGCUGAAGGCCACCAGAAACUUCUCUGUAUCGGAUUGGAGCAAGAACUUUGAGGUGGUGUUCCAGGACGAGGAAGCUCUGGACUGGGGCGGGCCUCGCCGCGAGUGGUUCGAGCUGAUCUGUAAAACGCUGUUCGACACGUCCAACCAGCUCUUCACACGCUUCAGCGACAGCAACCAGGGCCUAGUGCACCCAAACGCCGACCGGCCGGCCCACCUGCGCCUGAAGGUGUACGAGUUUGCGGGACGUGUGGUGGGGAAGUGCCUGUACGAGUCUGCGCUGGGCGGGGCCUACAAGCAGCUGGUCCGCGCUCGCUUCACACGCUCCUUCCUGGCCCAGGUCAUCGGCCUGAGGAUGAACUACAAGUACUUUGAGACGGACGACCAGGAGUUCUACAAGACCAAAGUGUGCUUUAUCCUCAACAACGACGUGAGCGAGAUGGACCUGGUGUUCGCCGAGGAAAAGUACAGCAAGGCCGGCCAGCUUGAGAAGGUGGUGGAGCUGAUCUCGGGCGGGGCACAGAUAGCCGUGAACAACGAGAACAAAGUGCACUACCUCAACCUGCUGGCCCAGUACCGGCUGGCCAGCCAGGUCAGGGAGGAGGUGGAGCACUUCCUCAAAGGUUUGAACGAAUUGGUGCCGGAGAACUUGCUGGCUAUAUUCGAUGAGAAUGAGCUGGAGCUGCUGAUGUGUGGCACUGGAGACAUCAACGUGCAGGACUUCAAAGCCCACGCCGUCAUCGUCGGGGGGUCCUGGCACUUCAGAGAGAAGGUGAUGAAGUGGUUCUGGGCGGUGGUCUCCAGCUUCACCCAGGAGGAGCUGGCUCGCCUGCUGCAGUUCACCACCGGCUCCUCCCAGCUGCCCCCCGGGGGCUUCAACACCCUCUGCCCCUCCUUCCAGAUCAUCGCCGCCCCCACGCACAGCACCCUGCCCACCGCACACACCUGCUUCAACCAGCUGUGUCUCCCCACCUAUGACUCCUACGAGGAGCUGCACAAGAUGCUGAAGCUGGCCAUCAGCGAGGGCAGCGAGGGCUUUGGUAUGCUGUAGAGGAGUCCUCCUCGCCCCUCCCCCGUCUCCUCCUCCCCCACCACCGUAUCACCUUGUGUUGGAACUAAUACAACACAUGACAGGAGAUCACCUGAGACACACACACACACACACACACACACACACGCACUCGUACUCGCACACACUCUCACACACUUGGACAACUUCCGGGAGAAUGGCGAUGGAGUGUCCGUGCUUCGAUACAUUUAAUGCUGUGUGUAUAUAUAUAUAUACAUAUAUAUACACACUUACCAAGAUGCUGAACUUAAGAGGGGGGGGGGGGGAGGCUUGGUUUGGCCUCAUUUUACUUCUUUUUUUAUAUGCUUGCUAGACCAAUAGGGCCAGUAGGGCCAGUUAAAAGGCAAUCAGUAGUGGUUUGCGAUUGUUUUUGGUUUGUUUUCAAUAUUGCAAGCUUAGGGUUUGGAGUGCGACUGCGGCCUGCACGCGGCCUGGAUGCCUCCUGCCCUCUGCGGCCUUAAUCGAUCAGGGACGGAUUUGUGUGUGCAUGUAAAUACGGAAUAUCAUUGUUUUAUUUCAGGACUUGUACAUACCAGUAAGUAUAUAUAUAAAUAAGUUUGCAUCUUGUCACUACUUUAUUUUUUUUUUUUUAAAGAGAAUGGAAUGUGGAAUAGAUUUGUUAUCUGAUAAUGAUGGAUUUAAAAAAAUUACUUUAUUACGUUCCUUUGUUGUCUGAUGGGUUUUAAAAGAUGCCAAGCGAUCUGCUCCGCGGACUCGUGUUUUAAGUUCACGACGCGGUCGACAACCCAACAUUAGUGGUCACUUGGUGACUCGUCCAGACAGCUGCCCUGCUUUCCUCUUUUCUCCUGUUUUAUGACCUGCCUUACUCCCAACCCUCCUUUUGCCUGAUUUGUGUUCAGAGGGGUUAAGUGGUCAAGAGGAAGCAUACAGUUCUCAUUCAUGACACUGGUUUGACACUGUCCCGACCUCUCCCCUGACCUUUGCUGGGCCGAUGCACUGCUGCCGCGUCAUUCGGCUUUUCUGAUGUAUUCACAGCCUUUUUGUUUUUCUAGGUUUACCUCAGAAUCUCCUAUGCAUACUCUUUCACCACAGCUCCAUAUACACGGAGUGCUUAUGCAUGUACACAACCAUACACGCGAGUAUAUAUCUAAACAUACAAUUUAUUAGCGGCCUCCAGUGUUUUCUGACCACAUAAACUGUCAUGAACUCUGUGCAGGACUGUGCAGAAGAUUUAGAAAAAAGGUGAUGCUGUUUUUCUUUGUAAAAAUACCUAUUUAUUUUUAAACGAUGUUGAUUACUGUGCACUCUGAGCCAUGGGAAUCGUGAACUUUUUGUUUGCUUCAUUAUUUGGAGUUUUUUUUAUUUUUGUUUUGAAGGCUUUCACUGUUCUGUACUUGGUCAGGGGAGAACGGGCCGCGCUACCUGGUGGAAUAUGUAUCAGGCUGCCAGGAAGCCCGUCUUCACCGCUUCACACACAGGACCACGUUCCAGGAAGGUUCAGCUUCCUCAUGAUUUGGAGUGCAGUUGUUUAUCUCUGUUGUAUCGGUCAUCAUUUCGGUUCGACCAUUGAUGCACGUUGUCAUAUCAUACUCACUCCUCCCAGGAAAGACAACGCCUUUAAGAGAUUUUUUUCACAAAUAGGAUUGCAGAUGGGAUGUUGUCGAUAGUUUGUUGUUAUUAAUUACGGGAUUCUGCACCCAUAUCUUGAAACAUUUUUGCACUUGACGUCCGAGCCCUCCGGCUGCAGUAUAUUAUCAUGCAGGGUCCCUCAGAGAGCUGAGGGAUUCGGAAAGCGGAUUAUAGUGCUUGGUUUGUAUUGUGCAACAGUAACGUAAUCUGCAGAGCACAAGAACAUCAGGGAUACUUAUGGUUUAAAAAAGAGGAGAAGAAACAAGUCUAAUUUUUAAAACCAACAAACAAGGCCGCACUUUACGUUUUAAUGUUUCAUAAAAGGUGCCAUUUGAGCAUAGCGUUGGCCAAGUAUCAUACGUUUUGGAAACGAAAGCUGUGACCCAACUAUCAAUACUAGCUGGAGUUAUUUUGUUCUUGUUGUUUAAAUGUUCAUAUCUGUUUUGUUUCACAUCUAGUUAUGAUCUUCUAUUCUUGUCUCAUGAUGGGCUGGUUUAAACAAACAUCUUUUUUUAAUUUUAUUUAUGUAAAUAUUGUUAAAUAUUUGCCUAUGACUUAAUAACUGGGCUGGGUUUUUUAUUUGUAAAAAUGGCAAGCUGUUAGUGGCUAAUGAAUGUUUGGGGUUGCUGCAAAGCAGAUCCAUUUGUUAUGGUAAUAAAAAAAAGUGAUGGAUUAAAUACACUCGUGUACCUCAGUUUGUGUAUAUUUCAAC